UAGGUGCUCUCAGGUAAGCUGCUCUCUCUUGACCUCACCUAUAAUAUGGGGAUAAUAACUCACAGAGUUUUCCCUAAGGAUUAGUGAUGUUGAAUAUGUGAAGCACCUGGAAUCUGCUAAAAACACUAUAUGAAUGCUAAAUCUGAUGAUGACCUAGUGCAGAAUGUAUUUCCUUGCCGGAAGGGCUGUAACAUAGUGGCAGAACAUCUGCUUUGCUUGGGAAAGGUUCCAGGUUCAAUUCCUGGUAUCUCUAGGUAGGGCUGGGAGAGAAUGCUGUCUGAAAUCCUGGAGGGCCACUGAUGGUCAGUGUAGACAACCCUGAGAUGGAUGGACCAAUCGUCUGCGUUCAGGGAGCCUGAGCCGGUUGAAGAAUGCGUCCAGAGUACGCUGGCCGCCUUGUACCCCCCCUUCGAAGCCACUGCCCCCACCCUGCUGAGCCAGGUCUUCGAGGUGCUGGAGCGGACGUACCAGCACGACGCCCUGCGCUACACCCUCGACUUCCUUGUUCCUGCCAAGCACAUCCUGGCUCGCAUCCAGAGUGAAGCCUGUGCUCAGUAUAGUGGCUUUGUGUUCUGCCACGAGGGUUGGCCACUGUGCCUCCGCGAGAAGGUCCUAGUGCAGCUGGGCUCGCUGCCCUGGCAGCACCUCUGCCCUGGCGAUUUCUACCUGCAAGUGGUGCCUCACCGGGAGUGCUCUCCGCGUCUGGUGCUGAAAUGUCUCUCCCCAGAGGGCCGUGGCGUCCAGGAGCUGCCUGUGUCCUCUGACUCCUACCCCUUCCUUUUCACCGUCGAGUGGCUCAAUGGCAUCAACAAGGAACGCAGAGCGGGGCGCCUGGAGCGUUGCCUCCUGGCUGCUGGAGAGAAGGUGCUGAGCCUGCCCUGGCCGGAACUGGUCUACCCCCAGUUUGUGCACAAGGACGGGUUCAUUGUGGGUCAGCGGUGCCCUGCGGAUUUGCCUCCUGAGGUCCUGGGGGCCCGGAGCCCUGGAGACGGGCGCCAUUCAGGCGGCGAGAACCGGGAGUCCGAGGGGGAAUACGUUCACCUCCUGGAGGUCAGCCCCACCCUGCACCAAGCCCCCAGGAUCCCACAGCCUUGCGGUACCCAAAUCCAGACAAUGCCUACUCGCAAGGGGCACAAUAAGAGCAGGAGCCGGCGCCAUCGGGCCUGGCUCCACCACAAGUCUGGGUGUGGGGAGAACUUUGCCUUGCGCCAGGCCUGUAAAACCCAGGAGGCAGAGAGGUGCAGCCGAGAAAGCAGCACUCGGGGGGAUAGGGUUGAGCAGCAGAGAGGAAAUCCUACUCUAGUCCUGGGUUUAGCAUCAGAAGCCUCUCAGGAAGUGGUAAGCUUGAGUCCUGGACAACAAGAGCAAAACCAGAGCCCCUCUGGAACUGAGGCACGGGCUGCCAUUUUUGAUGUUGUUGCUGCUGCUGCUGCCACUGAGGACACAGGACAAGGGAAAGCUGAGGUGCCAGGAACUGCCCACCACGAUCCUGCUCGUUCCAAGGAGGACAGUAAUGAGAACCACUCUCCGGCUGCAGCCACACCCAAACGCACCUCUAAGGGAAACCGCAGGAAGAAAAAGGGGGCCGGGAGAGGAGGCGGCGGACGAAUUAGACAGGGGGUCGAUCCGGCUAGCAAAGAAGAAACAGCUUCUACCGAUACAAAAGAGCCCAGGAAAGAGGAAAUUUAUGUUGGUACAAGGGAACAGGAUUCGAGGAAUGCAGAAGCUGUAAUUAGCACCCAAGAGCAAGCAGCUAGCAUCGAGGACUGCUGUGUCAGCAUCGCAGUUUGCGGCAGCACCCAGGAGAGAAGUAGCGUCCCUGGGGAUCGAAGCCUUGUCGCCGGAGAGGAGGUUGUCAGUGCCAGUGAGUUGGCUGCUGGCACUGGAGAAUGUACUGUUAACACCAGGGAGCCAGAGGGUGAUGCAGAAAAGUGCUCUCUUUCUGUUGGCGAUGGUGGCAUUGGCACCAGCGGAAGGGGCAUCGGCAGAGAAGGCCCGGGCCUUUGUGCUGAAGAUCCAGCUGCUUCUGCUGAGGCUGACGGACCUGCAGUUGGCAGAGAGGAGCAGAGCAUCAGCCCCCCAGGGCAAGGGGUGGAUGGUACUGAAGGGCCUUGUAUGGGAGAACAGGGCCUCCCCGUUAGCACUGAAGAAGCGACGUUGAUCCCAUUGCCAAAGAAGAAGGAGCCAAGUGCUGAUGGGAGAGAGGAAGCCUUAAGUACUGCAGCUGAUCAGGGCGCAGAGGAAACACAGAAUUCCCCUCACCGUGCUGCAGUUCAUCUUGGGCAGGCUGUAGACUGGGCGCUUGUGCUGUCGGGUGUCUUUGCUCUAACAGGAGGAAUGGACAGGUCAGGACGGCCCUUGCUGAUUGUGGUGCCUCAGCCUCUUCGGGAUGAGCUGCCACCAGGACAAACGGAUCUAGUCAAUACCAUGAGAUACCUGUACUCCCUUCUCAGGCAAGAGCUGAAAGCCCGUGGGCUGACACUAUUGUUGGACCUGAGCCAGGUGGAUGACUGGGCCCUCCAGGCCCCUGUGCUGCUGCCGGCCAUUAGGACAUUCCAGGAGAGUGCUCCAGCCCCCAUCCGUCAGCUGCUGGUGAUAUUGCCACCUGAUGACCGUUUUGUACCCCAUGAAGAGGAGCUGGCUUUGGAACCUGCUGCGGGGGUCAGAGUUCUCUCUCUUCCUGAACUGCCACAUUAUGUGGCUUUGGACCAGCUGACUCCGACACUAGGAGGGACCCUGAACUACUCAGCAUGCAAAUGGGUUGAGGAACACCAGGCUCUUGAGCAACUGCAGUCUCUCUGUCGUAGCGUCCUACAGGCUGUGUGCGAGGCCAGUGCCCACCUUGAAGCAGUGGGAACAGCGUCAAGUCAAGAGGAACUGUCGGCCCAGAUCACCUUGCACCAAGAGACCAUGCAGAAGCUCCUCUCAGAGCCGCGCCUGCUGGAACUCCAGCGCCGUGGGGGGGCCUUGCUGGCACGGCUGCCCCCCCUGGGGCCCUGCAGUACAGAGGCUGUGGCUGCUACCAGGCUCUACCAAGAGGUGGAUGAGGCCCUUCAUGGCCUGGUCCAACUCAGCAACCGGCGCCUGGAGGUGCUGCAACAAGAACGGGAAAACGCACAGGUUCAGGAACAAGCUCUGGAAAACAAGGCCCAUCUUGAAUCUACUGGCAACUGUGUAGAAGAGAAAAGGGAAGCAAAGAGGCCUGUCGAAGGGUUGGCUGAGGGUGCAUCACUGGAGAGGACACUGCUGCAGAGCCCCAAGUCCCCAGGGAGGAUGCAGCUCAUGCCAGAAGCUGGCUGUGCCCCACGGCCACGGGCCUGCAGCAUAAGUGCCUCCUCCUCACCCAAGCACGGCUGGGGCCUGGGGUCCAGAUUUGGCUCCUCUUGCAGCCUGACCUCCCUCUUCCAGCCGCACCCCAGCCCCAAGGCCUCCCCUUGCUGUUCUCCCACUCGAAGCGGCGUCCUGGAGAGUGGCAAGAAGAGGCAGGGCCUUCCCAGCAGCCCCAAAUCAUCUCUGUCCCCCGUCUCCCAGCUGGCUUUGCGAGCCUUGAGUGACCCUGGCCGCCCCAGCGUGCACAUCCGCGGCCUGGAGGUGAGCAGCCGUGAGCUGGCAGAUAGGAGCUGUUCUCCCCGUGAGCAUGUGCUGCUGAGCCGUAGUGGGACCCACGUUGCAGAAGCACCUUGGGGGGCCACGCCUCGCACAGAAAGAAGGCGCUGCCUUGGGGUCCAACAGCAACUUCUGGCUGAGCUGCUGGAGUGUGAGCGGGAGUAUUUGACGGCCCUUGCCCAGCCCCUCUCUCUGUCCCAAGAACCUGGGGGACAGGCCUGGCCAGCCGAACUGAGGUGCUUGGGCAGUGCUCUCCGGGCCCUGCGGGAACAGUUGCUGGCUUUCCAUACCAACUACUUCCUUGGCGAGUUGGAGGGGUGCAUGAACCACCCGUCACGUGCUGGGGGCUGCUUCCUGCGACAUGGAGAGAAGCUUCAAAUUUAUGCCACGUAUGCCAAAGAGCACCAUAAGUUCCAGGCUGCCCUGGCUUUGCUUCGAACCACCAGCAAGAAGAGCCCGGCAGAGCUGCGUGAGGACGGGCAAACGGUGCACACGUUGCGUGUGCCCCUGGAGCAGCUGGAGCGGUACCGGCGCUUCCUGGGUGAGCUGCUGCGCGAAUGUGAGCUGGAGCGGGGGCCUGACCGCCAAGCCCUGCAGGAGGCCCAGCAGCUGCUGGAGGCCCAGGAGCAGCGAGGCAGGGACCUGCUGGCCGCAGAGCAGAUCCGGGGCUGCGAGAUGAAACUAUCGGAACAAGGGCCACUGCUGCAGCGUGGCGAGCUCACCGUGGUGUGUGGGCGUCGUAAGUGCCAGCGGCAUGUCUUCCUCUUUGAGCGGCUGCUGCUCUUCACCAAGUGCAAGGGACCCGAGGGCGGCUACGUCUGCAAACAGGCCUUGCAGACAGCAUCCAUGGGGCUGACAGAGAGUGUGGGGCCUAGUGGGCUACGCUUUGAGCUAUGGUUUGGACGUGGACCAGGGCGACAGGCCUACACACUGCAGGCAGCCUCUGCUGAAGUCAAGCAUCAAUGGACAAAUGUUAUAGCCCAACUGCUAUGGAGACAGGCUGCCCAUCCGUCUGUCUCAAUGAGCAUAUCCUCCUGCCCUGCCCAGCGCCUGGCCCCUCUCGGCCUUAGUCCUGGGGCCCCUCCCGGGCUGUCAUUACCCGGCCACUUUGAGGAAGAGGAAUGGGACCUGGAUGUCAAGCCCAUCCCAAGGGCCGAGACGUCUGAGUCCGAUGGACCCUCCCCAAGCCACCAAGAGCUACCUAGGCAAGGAAGAGGAUCGUUGCCCGGCAGCAGCACUGCUUUGGGGCAACCCCAGUCGCACUGGGUGUGGAGUCUACACCGGAAGCUGUUUUCCCCAGGCAGCCGUGGAAGGCAGGACUCAAACCCCAGGAACUCUGGGAACAGAACUGUCUGAGCCCCACCAAACCUUGGAGAUGGGGCAUGAAUGGGCACUAAUGUCAAGCAGUCCUAUGACCUGCUCCUACCAAGACUCCUGAUGGCUGUCCCAUUCACCCCGCUCUGCUACCAUCCCACAGGAACACCCAGACAUGGGCUGCAGUCUACCUUGGGAUGGCUCUGUCCUGUCCCUGGCAGUACCCAUCCAGUGCCUUUUCCACCAUUUUUUCGGGCUGCAAAAUACUGGAGAUUCUUGACCAAGCUGAUGUGGUUGGUAGUGAAAUGGUUUUGUAUUAGGCAAGGAAGGCCAAACCAAUGAGCUCUGGGCUGACCCAAACUAAAGUGCAGACUAGGAGGAAACUUAGUGGAGUCACUGACCGAGUGGGGUGGUUUCCAGACAGUGUUGAACCACACAUUUCCCUGGUGCCCUACCUCUGAUCACAGCUUCAAUCUCUUGCCCAAUUGGUAUUCUGAUCAUUUUGAUGGGAGAUGGAAGGGAGAAUCUGGGCUGCAGUUGCUAGGCAACUACAGUAUGCACUCCCCAAACCAUGUCCAGGUUAGCCCAAGAGGAAAAGGAGAAGGUGGGUCUGGAUUGCAUGGUGAAUCACUAUAAGACACAAAACCACCUUCAUCCAGAGAGGGAGUUCAGAGGCAGCCCCAGCCGAAAGGAAAGGCAUAAUACAGCAAUAUACAUAAUGUUAUGGAGGUUCACAUAAUACAGCUCUCCUAGGACUGUACCACUUUAGAUUGCAGAUGGGUAGCGUGUUUGCAUACCCCCACAUAAAGAAAACUAGUAUGCCGAGGAGAAGGGCUCUAACUUAAGUCAUCUCCCUGGUGUGCUGUUUUCUUAAAAGAGUUUUGACAAGUAAGAAUACUUGGUCAAGUUUACUUCCCCACACUCAUGUGUUUGCAGUCUGAGGAGACAGAAUCUAAGGAGGGCUGUAUCAUGAUUCUGCUGCACCUGGGGAAGUUUUUCCCCUCCCUUGAUUGCUUUUGUUUGUUUUUGAGAUGAUAAGUUUCUGCACACAGUAAUGUUACCACAUUGUUAUGAAUACAAUAAGCCUACAACUUAUGUGGGGGUUACAUUCCAGGGAUCGCCUUUAAAGCCAAAGUCAUGUAUAGUCAAAACACAUUUGAGUGCAAUGGUGGGUGGAAUUGCCAAAGUCUUUUUUCCUAGAUGCCUACCCUCUUUCCGCCUCCCUUUAAUAUUUUUU